UAAUAUCCGGUCCGUAUUGUUUCUACACUCUUAUCGGUUCCGAGAUGGAUCACCGGAACAACGGUGACGGGCGACUCCUACUCUGGCUCUUCGCCGUAGCAACCUCCGUGAAACUCCUUCUAAUCCCGUCGUACAGAAGCACAGACUUUGAGGUCCACCGCAACUGGCUAGCGAUCACACACUCUCUCCCUCUCUCCCAAUGGUACCUCGACGAGACCAGCCAGUGGACGCUCGACUACCCUCCCUUCUUCGCCUACUUCGAGCGCUUCCUCUCCUUCUUCGCCCCUCUCGUCGACCCCAAAAUCACGGAUCUCCACUCGGGUCUCGGCUACGCCGCGGACUCCGUCGUCUACUUCCAGCGGAUCACCGCGAUGGCCUCGGAUCUCUGCCUCCUCCUCGGCGUUCUCAGGCUGACUCGAAAGGCGGAGCCUUUGAGUCGGAACCUGAUCUGCGUUUUGGUGGUUUUGUCUCCGGGGCUGUUGAUCGUGGAUCAUGUUCAUUUUCAGUACAACGGGUUUCUCCUUGGGUGGCUGUUGCUGUCGGUUUCGUUUCUGCAGGAUGGGAGAGAUCUGGUCGGUGGGUUUCUGUUCGCUGUUGUUUUGUGUUUCAAGCAUUUGUUCGCUGUCGCUGCUCCGGUUUACUUCGUUUAUCUGCUUAGGCAUUAUUGCUGGUCCGGUUUAGCUACCGGUUUAAGAAGGCUUUUGACUCUUGGUGCUGUGGUUGUGGCGGUUUUUGCUGCAGCCUUUGGACCGUUUAUAUACAAUGGACAGAUACAGCAAGUGAUAAGUCGAAUGUUUCCUUUUGGGAGAGGACUGUGCCAUGCUUACUGGGCACCUAACUUUUGGGUUUUCUAUAUAAUACUCGACAAAGGUCUUGCCUUUUCGCUGCGUAAGCUCGGCGUCGACGUUCAGGUUCCUUCUGCUUCUUUCACUGGAGGUUUAGUUGGCGACUCUUCACCUUUCGCAGUUCUCCCUCAGAUCACUCCGUUGACAACUUUUGUAAUGGUGCUACUUGCUCUUACUCCGUGUCUCAUCAAAGCUUGGAGAAAACCCCAACCCGGGCUUGUCGCUAGGUGGAUAGCUUAUGCAUACACAUGCGGGUUUCUGUUUGGAUGGCAUGUCCAUGAGAAAGCGUCGCUUCACUUCACUAUCCCACUUGCAAUCGUUGCAGUGCAGAGUUUAGAAGAUGCUAAACACUACUUUUUGGUUUCCAUAGUGUCUUGCUACUCGCUCUUUCCACUAUUAUACGAGCCCCGGGAGUAUCCAAUCAAGGUUCUGUUGCUGUUGCUCCACUCCAUGGUAAUGUGGCUUGGCUUUUCGGCUCAAUAUGCGUUGAAGGAGAAGAAGGAAGAUGGUGAAAGCAAGAAGAGCAAGUUUGAGAUUGGAUGUAUUGAGAAGAGCUAUCUGAUGGGUUUGGUUAUAGUAGAGAUAGUGUCUCAGUUCUUGCAUCCUUAUUUUCUAGGUGACAGAUUUGCAUUCAUGCCUUUGAUGUUGAUCUCAACCUACUGUGCUGUUGGUAUUAUGUACUCUUGGGUUUGGCAGCUGAAGAGGAUCCUGACAUGAUGACCAUAGAUUCAUGUAUACUAACUAACACAUGUAAACUUUCUUUUUUUGUUCCCCAAUCAUGAUGAACUUGUGAUUUUGCUUUGUUUCAUAGUCCUUGAAAGUAUUGAAUUUUCCAAUGUA